AUGACUGCUCUCUGGCUGUCCCACUCUGUGCCCGCUCUCUGUGACAAUGACCGUGCGCCGGCAGUGGCCGACCCGUCGGCGGUGGCCUCAGUGCGCUGGUUCAACAAGGACCGGCCGGUGCCGCUGGGCGACCGGUGCUCGGCCGACAACGACUCGGACGGCAGCUGGCGGCUGCAGCUGGCAGCUGCCGAGCUCACCGACGACGGCCAGUGGCGGGCCGAGGUGACGGGCGCCGCCGGCGGCGUCACCGACACCUGGUGCACCGUCAUACUGGCCGUGCCGCGCAACUACCGCAAGCCGCGCUUCCUGGAGACGCUGCGCGCGCUGCUCACCGACGAGGGUCUGGUGUCGUUCGAGUGUAAGGUGGUCGGCUACCCGACGCCCGUGCUGCGCUGGUUCAAGGACGGCCAGGAGCUGAAACCGGGCGACGUGUACCAGCUCAGCGGCACCAACUCACUCGGCGUAUACGCGUGUCUGGCGCGCAACUGUAUGGGCACGGCCGAGUCGACGGCCGAGCUGACGCUGGCGGACAUCGAGAACCAGCUGAGCGACGAGGAGCGCUGCAAGGUGUGCCAGGGCCAGCUGGCGCCCCGCUUCAGUCGCGCGCUCAGCCCCGAGACGGUGGUCGGCAUCGGCGACCGGCACCGAUUCACCGUGGAAGUGACGUCAUACCCGGAGGCGGAGGUGGCGUGGUACCGUGAGCAGGAGAAGGAGCCGGUGCAGACGAGUGACUCGGUGUCCACGGGCCGCGAGGCUCCGGGCCGCCACCACCUGCAGCUGGAGGGGGUGCAGCUGCAACACCAGGGCGAGUGGCGGUGCGUGGCGACCAACCCGGCCGGCCAGGCGGUCACCACCGGCCGGCUGACGGUCAACCGGCCCAAACACUACCGGGCGCCCUACUUCCUCGAGCCGCUGCGGGCCUCCCUCACCGAGAGCGGCACCGUCAACCUGCAGUGCAAGGUGGUGGGGACGCCGCAGCCAGUACUCCAGUGGUUCAAGGACGGCGCCGAGCUGAAGGCCGGCGACAUCCAUCGCAUCACCUCGGGCGGCGACGGCACCUGCUGCCUGGGCAGCUACACCUGCCGCGCCGUCAACUGCAUGGGCUCGGCCUCGUCGACCGCGGAGCUGAUGGGCCUCGAGGAGAUGAAGCGUCUGAAGGGUGAGCACGGUCCGCCGGCGCCGGCCGCCGGGCAGCACCGCGAACCGUUCGGCCUGGCCAGAAACACCUCGCUCUCCACCAUCAACGAGGAGCGCACCUCGCAGAUGAUGUCGCUGCUCGAAACCGCCCAGCUGGGCACCGACACCUUCCAGACGCCGGCGCUGGACGGCUCCGUGGUGUCUGUCGUGGUGGACGGCCAAGAGGUCUCGGCGGCUGUGUUCGGCACGGGUGACGUUAGCCUGCAGCAGGUGCACGACAUCCUCGAGGCGUACGGCGAGCAGCUCUCCGAGGAGCCGCACAGCGCCGCGCUGAGCGGCGGCGGUGACGCCGACAUUCCGUCUCUGCGCGUGCUGACGGCCUGCGCCAUGUCCGGCAACGUGCAGCUGGGCGCCACCGUCAUCGACGUGUCGCUGGUGCCCGCCGACCAGCUGCCCGCCCUGCACGCCGACGACGACGCCAGGACCGAGGCCGAGAUUGACGACCUGAACACGGACCGGCCCACCGACUGUCUGUCCGAGCGGCCCGCCGAGCGACCGGACGCUCGGCCGUCGGAGCGGGCCAGCGAGCAGACCACCGAGGUGGACCGGCCGACCGACGGCCACACGGACUGGGCCACCGAGCUGCCCACCGACCGGCCGUCCGAGCUGCGCAGUCCCACCGAGAUGCGCAGCCCGCCGGAGAGCAGGGCGGCAGAGCCGGCCGCUGUCGAGCACUCCACCGCACAGCCGGGAGCGCAGCCGGAGCAGCAGACGGCGGCGCCCGUAUCGCCGGAGCCGGCGGCAGCGCCCGCGCCCGUCUCGGAGAGCUCGUCACGAUCGUCCAAGAAGCGCCGGGCUGCGCGGAGAAACACGCAGCCCCUGAAGCGAGAGGAUCUGCCUCCGCGGCCGACCUCGGGCGAGCUGGCGUCCGCGGCUGACACGCUGUCCACGGUGGACUCGUUUCACACCGCGGACGCCAUGGAGCCGUCCUACGCGUCGGACGACCCCACCUCCGGCCAGAUUACGCCAGUUCCCAACGAAGAAGUCUUUGAUUAUGAGAACGUUGAAGUCACCCGCUUACCGCCAGCAGAUCUCCUGGAAAAGGCUCUCGCGUCACGCGACGGACAGUUCAGUCCGGUGUUCUUCGGCGGAGAAGACGUACAGCUUGCAGAGGACGGUGCAGUGACUACUGAACUGCUUCCCGAGUCGCUGGACCAACGUCUCAGUAGGUACAUGUUUGGAGAGACCGAGGCUGCCGCUCAGUUAGCAACGCAUCCUGACGAAUGCCCCGGGCAACUGGCGACGGAGCUUCAGCAGGCAGCUCCGCAACAGGACUUGUCACCAACUCAACCCGGUACCGUCAGCCGGCGGCCGCUGCUUCUUUCGCCGGCUGUGUCGCAGAAAAGCGAGGACUCCAACCGAGGCCUGUCGUUUGACGAGGAGGUGUCUCCGGAGGCCUACGAGGCCCACCUCACGUCUCAGGGAGUGGUGGCCGUGAUGCACGCCGUGGUCACUGGCGAGCACCUGCCCGAGGAGUACCUCGGCGAGAUCGGACGCGCCCUCACGCCGCAGGAGGCGCGGAUGACACUCACUGAGGAAGGUGCAAGAGACCGAGCCGGACUAGUCAUGAGACUCUUUUCAGCUGCUCUGUCCAACCAGGAGCUCUCCCAGGGUGUUCUGGAGGAGGUGGAGCAGGCUUUGGCUCCGGAUGCACCUGCAGAACCGCUAACCCAGGAAGCUGCUACUGCUGUGAAAGCAUUGGUUGAAGUCCUUGAGACAGCGCAAUUCGGAGAUCCUAAGGUGAUUCAAAGCCGUGGGAAAAGUCCAACAUUGAGUUCUGAUGUACUUGAAAUGGCUGCUGAAACACUGCCGGGAAUUGAUGAGAAAGCUUCCGCGAACAAGAUCCUGACGCUGUUUCUAAAACUUCCGGAAGUAGCACAAACUGUGCGGGAGGUGAAGACGGAAGCCAGUACAGAAAUAGUGCAGCACCAAACCAGAAACGUGGCACACCAGGCGGCCAGAAUUAUGCAGGAAGCUAUGACGAGCGACGUUACGAAUGCAGGUACCCAAAAGGAGCCAGUGACUUCUACUGAAGUGACUGAAGCAUUGUCAUCAAAAGCAGCUGCAAAAGCUAGUGAACGACUGAUCGAUAUUUUUCAGGCAAUUAGCCAAGGGGAAGUAGUACCGGAAGAGCCUCUUCGUGAGGUAGAGAAAACAUUGGUGCCCUCUGCUGCUCAAGCGAUCGAGGAGCAUGAACCGAAGCUCACAGUCGAUAAGCUCAUGGCACUGGUGACGCCUGUUUUGGAGGAAACUGCGUCAACGAGUUCCACAGCAGAACUUCCUCGAGCACUAUCACCACAAGUGGCACAGGAGCGUUCUGUUUCUGGAGGAGCAUGUGACAAAGCGCAGCGUCUUCUGACGGUUCUUCACGCUGCGCUGACCUCCGAGACGAACACAGAUAACUCGUUAUCCGACUUGACCCAGACGCUGUCUCCGACUGAGCCCGUCAUCACAGAAGUACCAAGAGAUGAUCGCAGCGGCGCCGUUCGUGUGCUUGCAGCCGUCCAGGCUGCCAUGCAGGACUUGAUUGUCCCCGACGAAGAGGUGUCUCAAAUUCAGAGUGUCGACUCACCGACUUUUGCCAAAGAGGCAUGUGCCAGCGAAGGCCCCCGACUAAACGUGCAGAAGCUGAUGACCGUUCUUCAAGCAGCCACCGCUGACGAUGUGGUGUCUGAGGGCACACUAUCAGAUAUCAGCUCUUUGUCCCAACAACAAGCAGGCGAGAAUCUCGCACCAGACAAUAUGAAGGCAACGGCAGAAAAGGUAUUGAAUAUUCUCCAAACAACGCCGAUCGAAGAAGUCAUUUCUGAUGGGUCACUCUCUGGUCUUUCGAGCCAGCCGGAGUCACGUAAAGCGGAGAUCAGGGAAGAUCAGGCCGAUCUAAUUGAAAGGGUGACGGCGAUAAUGAGGGGUGUUAUAUCGGGCGUCUACGUGCCGGAUGAGGAGGCACUCGCACUCAGGAGCGCGGGAUCGCCCGCGGUGGCAGAGAGUGCAGUGGUAGCUGAUGAUUCAAAACGGCGAGCUGAUAUCAUCCUAACCGAGCUGCAUGCAAUGCUGCGUCAGGAUGCAGCUGAAAGCGACGCUAGUGGGACAAUAUCACCGAUUCGCUGUGAAUCAGCUUCUGCGGUGCCUUCUCACGAGGAUAAACUAGAAACGGCCGCCAAGCUCAUGAUGAUUCUUCACGCUGACCCAUUAUCACCCAGCAUAUCGGAAGGCAGUUUGUCUGAUAUGUCGUCUAUUCAGGACCCAUCAUUAGCGUCUACCCGGGAUCAAAGUGGCGAUGCCCUUCAGCUAGCAGUUGCCACCAAAGUAUUAGCAGCUGCAAGAGCAGCACAGACUGAGUGCGUUGUGUCUGAAGGAGAAGUUACCAAUAUCGAUCGCGCUCUAUCUCCACAAGAAGCAAGGGAAAUCCUGACGCCUGGAGACAUAUCACUAGCCGUCCAGAAAGCUCUGGAAAUCUUACAAUCGGUUUGCGUAAGCGAGGACGUGCCACAAGACUCGAUCCAUGAGCUGGAAAGAGUUUUGUCGCCAGUGAAGUGCAUACCACGAACCGCAUCACCGCUGGUAGGAACUGAAGUGACGCAGGAAACGGGUGUUGAAGUAGCGAGCUCUGCGCCAAAUAUGCAAUCUAUGGUAGAAACGGCGAAUGCAACUGGCCGAGUCACUUCUCCACUCCAAGAAACAUUGAUUGUCGAGGCAACAUGUGCUGAGAUGGCAGACUCCACAGCAGCAUCCCAGGCACCUGAAACAAUUGAAGAGCGAGUCAUAACACCCCUUCAGACGGCAUGCACGACCGAGACCACCGUUAUGCAAGACAUCGCAGGUAACAAUAGCGUUUUGACAGCGCAAGUCGAGGAGGAACAAACACCAAGUUUGCAACCCCUACAAAUAACUGAAACAGUGAGCUCCGAUGCAGUUGAUCUCAUCUCGGACAUCACUACUCCAACUGAAGCCGGAGAGGGAAUCACAUCGCCACUUCAGAUUCUGCAGGUUGAGGAAACAGGUGCGGUGGAGAGGGAGACGGAGAGCUUACCAAGCCUCGCGUCAUCAGCUAAAGCAGAAGAUAGGGUAAUCAGCCCUCUUCAGUCAACACAAUUCACUGAUAUUGCGAUAUUGGAAGACCUUCAAGGCUUGAAUGACACCGAAUCACUAAAGGCAAAUGCAACACCUUCGACAGCACUACAAACAACUGAAGCUACCGACGUCUCAUCACUUGGCGUUGAUGAUUUUCAGGUGGAAACAAAUGCUAAGUUUUUGGAAACGUCAGAAAGUCCGUUGGAGACGUUACAGGUCAUUGAGCCACAUGAGCUCACAAAUGUCAAUCCCACACCAAAGGCACCUGAACCUAGUCUCUCUGAAACAAGUUCUCAAGUUGAGCCAGCUUCUUCAGGCAAAGUGACUGAAAUCGCUGCCUCCGCUUGCAGUGAGGCCACUGAAGCUACUAAGCCACUUGCAGGCGUCGAUGAGGCAGACUACAAAGUCAUGUCGGAUGAAUCUCAGUCACCUAUGGUUGCUAAGCCUUCUGUCGAAGUACUAAGCGGUACCUCAACUGCAUCAGAGAAACAGCAGGUGGCUGUGGCUCCCAAGGAGGACGUUUUGCUACUGGAGUCGCAGACAGAAAAUGUGAACACUGCAUCGGGCAAGGUAGCUGAGGUAAUGCAACAAGAAACCAUUUCCACAGACGAUGUCGAGAUGCAGGGCGAAGACACCACUUCACUCAAGAGCUCGGACAGUGUCAUCACUGUGGCAUCUCUAAAACAGCAGGAGUCCGAUGAACUACCGGGCGACAGUUCUGGAGCCCUCCAGCAGCCUUCUGAAGUGCAACAGGCACUUCAAUCCAUGGAAUCAUUGACAUCAGCUGUGUGCGCGGCGGCUACCGCUACGUUAUCACCCGAGCAAGCAGCGGAAGGGCGCGUUGAAGUUCUUGCUAAUGACUUUUUGGAGUCAUUGGAGUCGCUCUGCGGUGGCCUGGAGUCCGAUCGCCAGCGGGUUUUGCUGAAUAAAUUAUGCGACAAAGUAAAGGUAAACGACAAACUAUCGCAAGAAGCAUCCGCCAAUCCAGAUACAAUGCAAGCACUAGAAGGAAUAUCUCCGAUGGUUCAUCGCACACUUUAUCCAAAAGUGAAUCAAGUCUGUGAAGAAAUUGAGCGUCUGGCAAUGGAUGCCGGCCCGCUAGGUGGGUCGUCACCUAAAUCCAGUGUCUCUGGAAGGAGUCUGGAGGAUGCGAUUGGAGAUCAGCUACAAAGGUUUAUAGAUGCAGUCGAAGAAACCAACCAGAUGAAGCUACGAUCGCUGAAACAUCCUGUGGAUGAUAACUCAAUUGCGAGGAAGUUCGAUGACAUCAACGAUUCUGUUGUUCAUUUGGCCGAAACCGUGAAGAAGAUUGUGAGUAGUGCCAUGACUGGCUCUGCAGACCUGAGCUUACAGGUCACGGCCGUGCAGCAGUCCCUGGCAGUGGCAGUGGUGACUCUGACUGACCUCAUCUCCAAUGACGAGCUCCGCGAUGAAGCGAUCAGGCUCUUAGCCAGUGUCAACGGGGGAAUUUCUCGUGUUUCUGACGCAGUCGAGAAUUCUGCUCGUGCCUUGAAAUCAGAUGAUUCACCUGAAAUGAGCCUGGCAAUUCAAGCACUUCUUGAUGAUAUCCUCGGGGACAUAGUUGCUGCCACGAACAAAUUUAAGGAUGGCAUGCGAGAUGUAACAGCAACGGUAAAAGAAGCAGCUGCUAAUUCAGCCGAGGAUGGCAUCUCAAAGUUUCUUAUGCAAGGAGAGGCAUUUGAUGCAGAGGUUGAAGACCUUACGAUAGCUAUCGAAAGCAUAACAGCAAAGAAGAAACGUGUUGCUGCUGAUGUGAAGUCAAUGAAGAAAAUAUCAGCAGAAUCGUCGAAUGUUCGUUCAAACAUCGACGCAACAUUAAAACUGAUCUGCAACAUUGUGACAGGUGCACCAAAGUCAGACGAAGAUCAAACAUUGAAAGAAAUGCUUACCAAAGUUGAUUUGCAAUUAAAAUCGCUAGGACAAAAAUUUUGCAACUCUAUUGCACUUCCACAACCUAGUAAGGAGCAAAUAGCUCAGAAGAUUAACACACUCCAGGCGUCGCUUGCCAAGUUGGUGAGCGUGUGUGUGCAGAACUCGGAGCUUCUUCGAAUCGCCAAAGAUGCCAAGGUGAAGCGGCGUUCCCUAUCUCCCAAUCAGUCCCGAGUUGUCCAAGACCUGGAAAACAUCCGCACAUCAUUUGACCAGGCAAUCGUGCAAAUGCGCCUAAUGCUGGCGUCUCAACACCCAGGCGAAUCAACUGAUAAGCUUUUUGAAAAUAUGGAAGCGAUGUCAAAGGCUCUGAGCAGUGCCGAGAAAUCCGUCCUAGCAUGCGCAGGUACUGCUGCAUCAGCCCCGCAGCACACGGUUCAAGAAGAGGGCGCAAUGCAGAUACAUGUGGCCGACUUAUCUGACGAACAACGUAAAGAGGAAGAUGCUACACCAGAGCCGAAAUCUUUGAAUGAAGCUAGUGCGUCUCUCAAUGCUUCUGUCACAUCCCUCACUGAGGUUGUAGAAGAAAAGGCACAGCUAAAGCUUCCAUCGGCAACUUCCAUCGAGGAUCUCACGUGGUCUGUGUGUGAAACGGUUCAGAGUUUUAUCGCCGCAGUGCAAACAUCUACCGCCAUGCAUGUUGAUGAGCAACAAGUACAGCAGCUCAAUGACGCAUUAGCCGCCCUCACGGCUACGGUGGCAGACACACCAUCAGAAGCUUGUGCUGCCCUCGACGACACUAGCUCAGAGCUUUGCGGCACUAACGUCGGCCAUUGA